GGAAGAGGCGGGGGGCUCGAGCAGAGGGAAGAAAGAUUUAUGCAAUGAUAGGUGGUCGGAUUUUGUUUGGCUGGACUGUUGCGCGCAAUAAGUCCAAGGGUUUUCGUGUUUCCUGCACUUGAGGGAUUAUUAUAGGCGGUCGAUGGCCACCCGGCGCGUCACACAGCGCCACUUAGCGCUGCUGUGACACCCCGUGGAGUCCUUAUGUCUAGCUACAACUCUGGACACUUAGUCUCCAGUGGAUAACCGCCUCCCCCCACUCUCUCUUCCUCUUCCUCUCUGUCAGUGCGUACCAGCCGUGCGUUCUGCAUGCGUCAAAGGAGCACCGUGCGUAACAGGAGAGUCGUGCGUAACUGGAGACAGAUUUCACUCCAUUUUGCGCUGGGAUUCUGAGGACCACUGGCGGUGUAACGCUCACUUGCAAGGACACUGACCGCUGGGAGCCAGCACAUUUCUCCCCCGAAACACCUCCAGGUCGUCUUUUCUCCCUCCCCUCUCUUCUCUCUACGCCAGUUGUACGUCAGAGCUGACAUGACGACCGAGACCCCUCAGCAGCAGCUGGAACCUCCGCCUCCUCUGAGAUCCAGCCCGGCGUCCGGCGUCCUGCAUCCCGCUAUGCUGAGCCCACAAGCCGCCACAGAAAGUUCUUCUAAUGGCGUCAAGGGAAAGAAGACGAGCUCCGGUUUAAGGCGACCGGAAAAGCCGCCGUACUCCUACAUCGCUCUCAUCGUUAUGGCAAUACAGAGCUCGCCCACCAAGCGGCUGACACUCAGUGAAAUCUAUCAGUUUCUCCAGGCUCGCUUCCCAUUCUUCAGGGGUUCGUACCAGGGCUGGAAGAACUCUGUCCGGCAUAAUCUAUCGCUUAACGAGUGCUUCAUCAAGCUGCCAAAAGGGCUGGGCAGGCCGGGGAAAGGCCACUACUGGACGAUCGAUCCAGGCAGUGAGUUCAUGUUCGAGGAAGGCUCAUUUCGGCGCAGACCCAGAGGCUUCAGAAGAAAAUGUCAAGCUCUGAAGCCCAUGUAUCGGAUGAUGAAUGGCAUAGGCUUCGGCACCUCAAUUCUUCCACAGAGUUUUGAUUUCCAGGGUCCAUCGGCCACCCUCGCUUGUCACAGUAACAGCUACAACUUGGACAUGAUGAGCAAUUCAAUGGCCGGGGGGUACGACGGGCUGAGCGGCGGGCACCACGUACCUCACAUGUCCCCGAGUCCCGGCUCCACAUACAUGGCGAGUUGUCCUGUGCCUCCUAACGGGGAAUAUGGGCAGGAUAGCAGCAGCAGUCCUGUACCGUCCUCUCCAGCCAUGGCCAGCGCGCUGGACGGCCAUUCCCCGUACGCCAGUACAUCCGCACACUGGGCGUCCUCCGGCGGCUCCCCCUACAUCAAACAACAGCCUCUAGCCUCCAGCAGCCCAGCAUCCUCUGGUUUACACUCCGGCAUGUCGCCUUACUCCCUGGAGCAGAGUUAUCUUCACCAGAAUGGCAGGGACAGCCACUCCACUGAUAUUUCAGUGGGGAUUCCGCGCUAUCAGAGCCAUUCCUCGGUCUGCGACAGGAAAGAUUUUGUGUUGAACUUUAACGGCAUCUCCUCCUUCCACCCCUCGGCCGGCGGAUCCUACUAUCACCACCACCACCACCACCACCCCCAGAGCGUCUGUCAGGACAUCAAACCCUGCGUGAUGUGAGCUCUCCUGUCACUGCGGACUUCAAAACAAGAGAGGCAUCACAGCCACAUCUGAACAAACACGCAGAUCUUCUUUUUUUUUUUUGGUCUAUUUGUCUUUUUUGUAAUUUUUGAAGGAUUCGUGCUAGCAUGGAUGGUGGAGUCCGCACUCACAUGUUUGCCUCCUAUGCAGCCAAAUAUCUUUAUUAUUGUUAAUUCUGCUGGACUUGAACUAUGCAUUGAAGAAAACAUGAAUGAAGAAACUCCAGAGGCCUUUAGAAGUACCACUUCGCCUAUAUGAACCCUGACAAGCUUUCUUCUUCAAGAGAAGUUUCAGAAACACGACUUUCGAUGCGUUUGCUCUUGUAACACGUGCAAACCAAUUAUACUCCAUGUAACUGUAUCUUAUUACACACACAACGCUUUAGGCUUUCAUGAACUGCAACGAAUCUUGCACUUAUUGUAUAAUCCUUUUACCAUUUUUUCUUUUUGUUUUGUCCUGUAAAAUGUUUCAAUAAAGCUGAUAUAUAUUUUAGGCUAAAUUCCGUCAGUCUUUCCCUGCGCGUGUAUCCAUCACAUUUUCGAUUCACUUGAGUUCAAACGAGCUGAUCUUGAGCUUGCAUGGAGCAAAGACACAUAGUCUAAUUAAACCGAGCUGUAUUUUAGGCCCUUUUAGAAAGUUCUUGGAUUAUUUGGUCAGCCUGACAUGUGCUUGGCCAAAUUUCUGAUUCUUUACUUUUGCUUUUUAUUUACUAUAAUUGUUAAACCUAUUUAGAUUACAUCAUAAAGUGUCACCUAUGUGUUAAGCGCCAAUACAUAAUAGCGCACGUGGUCUACAAAUACGGACAAGGUAGAUACUGCUGCACAUUGAGUAUUUUUGAUAAAUUAGGUCAAUUUCAUGGUAAUAUUUCUACUUUUCCUUAAUGUUUGGGUGCUUAUUAUUAAGCAUCUAUUCAUUUGUUGCAUAACUACUUUGUCUUAAAGGAUCUCAGUGCAUUUUCCUGCACUAACUGUCAGGCUAUGAAUUUCUGUUAUUCUCUAAAAUAGUUUCCAGCGAAUAUUCAGUAACAUACAGUAAACAACCCUAUAAUGUUUGUUUAGAAUCUUAGUUGAAAAGAAAUCAAUAAUUGCCUUUAUUUUAAUGUUCUGCUUAAAAGUGUACACUUGAGAGAGGAUCAGAUUUUUUUCUGUGUAACCAUUUUACUGGUUUCUGUUCGGUUAUGUAGUCGUAAUUACAGAGCUUUUACUUAUUUGAAGUAAAGGGAUUACAGUUAUUUAAAAUAUAUAAUAUAACAUUUGGAUCACAGAUCUAAAUCUUAAGUCAAGACAUAAACAGAAAAAUGUAUAAUUCAUAACAUUUAAUGUAACGUAUAACAGUCCUGUGAGCACCUUUUGUAUUUUACUGGAUUUUAAGCGCACUGCUUCAAUAUCAACAUACUAUAAAUAUUUCAAGAGGAUGAUAUGAAGUUUAUUUAUAUCCUGUUAAGUAGUUAAGUUUAAAAUAAUACUUCUUAUUUUACUAGUUGUUUUGUUUAUAAAGUCACGGGUUUAAAGUAAACACAGCUUUUAAAUAAAUGCAGUAAAAAUGAAAAAUGUAGCGGCGCUCAGUAUAAGAGAAAAUCCAGGAAAGUAAAAUGCCUUUAAAAGCACACGCGUGUGCAUAUAUGUAGGCACUUGCUACCACCGUAUAUUAUAUUAAAUUAUAAGAGAAGCGGGAUUCUUGUUAACGCUCUGAAUGAAACAGAUGUAACAUGGAGGGAGGAACAUUAUUAGUCUAAGAUCAGAGGGGGGAAUGAUCACUGCUUCAGACCAGUCUUGGUUUGAACGUUGCUUCAUUUCACGUGUUUCACAGCCGUGUCUUGCCCGUGGAAGGCAGCUGAAAAUCUUUUACAUCCUGAGGCUGCUCCUUUCCAUGUGGUCAUCCAGGGUUGCCAACAUCUCAAGACGCCAUAUAAACAAAUGAAACGACUGGGCCCGAGUCUGUGGAAAUGCAACAAAGUGGUAUUUUUAGAGUGCGGUAAACAGAUCAGAUUGACACAGAGCUGCCUCGUCACACAAACACAAAGCAGACUCGGGCUGCCGCACUUGUGCCCUUACUCUUCUUUCUCUGCAUGGUUUUUGGUCACGAAUCAAAUGCAGCAUCCUACAGAUUACACAUCUGUAGAAGCUCCUUAUUAGGACCCCGGCAUCACGUGACCUUUGAUUGUCACGUGCAGUCACACCUUGUAUCUUAAUACAAGAUAUGAGAAAAGCUUUUUCCUCUCACGUCACCGUUUGUCAUUUUAAACACAUGACAGCACACUCUUUUCUUUCUCUUGGCCCUUAAUGAAAUAAAACCUGUUCUCACUUAACCUAAAUGUAAUUUAUGCAGAGUAAAGAAUCUGCUAUCACACUGCAGAGAAAAAUGAAUGACCUGGCUGCAGUUGCACAACAAACCCUUUCACAAUCUUCAUCAUUUCUGUGUAAGUGAGCGUGAGAGUCAGUGUGAGGAAAACACAAUGGGAGAGUGGCCGACUGAGUCAUCCUGGUCUUUCUGAAG